CUGCUCUCAUACCUUCACCGUUCAGAUGUUUUCCCUUUAACCGUUCACUUUUAUUUUCCUCUUCCAAUUCAGUCGGAGCAGCGGAAACCGAAAAGAAGAGUGGGCAAGCCGAAACCACGCUACCUUAUUAGAAUAACAAAGAUUGAACACGACUCAGAGGGCUGUGAAACGGGAAAUCUGCGACCGACCUUCUACCUUGAAAUGCCCGACCUCAAUAACCCGAGUAGCGAGACCUGGAAAUUCAGUUUUCGCUGCAAUCUCUCCGACACAACAGACGACAUUAAACUGCCCGGUUUAAUGACUCAGUCAAGAAGACUUGGAGGGGACGCAGGUGUCUACUAG